CAGCUGUAUCAGUGGGACUUUCACACUCACAUACACACACACACACACACACACACACACACACUCAAAUAUGCACACCCGCACACACACGCACCCGCACCCUCACACACACUAGAUCAGCUGUAUCAGUGAGACUUUCACAUUCACACACAUCAACUCAACAGCAAUGUCCGCCCCAGGUGCAGAGGGUUCCGCAGGGAUGUCAGGAAAUAAUCGCAGGUUGCAGCAGACGCAGGCGCAGGUGGAUGAGGUGGUGGACAUUAUGAGAGUGAAUGUUGAUAAGGUCCUGGAACGAGACCAGAAGCUCACUGAGCUGGAUGAUCGCGCUGAUGCCCUGCAGGCUGGCGCUUCUCAGUUUGAGACCAGUGCUGCCAAACUCAAGAGGAAGUACUGGUGGAAGAACAUCAAGAUGUGGGCCAUUUUAAUAGCCGUGAUCGUGAUCAUCAUUAUCAUCAUCAUCGUCUGGGCGACACAAUCAUAAAGAUGCAGAGAUACAGAGAGAGAAAACUGGUUAUGAUUGGAGGAAAAGAUGAGAAUAUAAAGGAUUGUCAACUUGGGAAUGAAAGAAAAAUAAUGAAUGUUCUUCCAAGAUUUUCUAACCUGCUGAUUUUCAAAAGCAUAUUUUGUAAACUAUUCUUAAUAGUUUUUUCUCUUUUUGUUUUUAAUGUCUACGAUUUGAAUGUGUUCAGAAAUGCUUACUGUUUAACAUUUUGAAAGACACUCCUGUCUUAGAAACCACAGAACAAUAGCUGACCUUUGACUGUGUAGAAGUUAAAAAUGAUCCAGAACCUCAUACUAAUAGAAGAGAAAUUCUCCUCUCAGUUGAAGGCCAAAACACAUUCACCAAAUACAAGGAAAAAAUCUUUACUAACAUCACAUCUCUUGGAUAAAUGGCUUACGGGCUCUGUAAGGAGCCUUAAAUCAAAUACUUUCACUUUGUUGCCUUUGAGUCCUUCAGUGUCAACAAUACAUUAAGUAUUUCCUGAACAAGCACAGAAAUGCCAUUGAAUGCCAGAAGUGCCUUUUGACAACUAACUGCCAGAAUAAUCUGUCAUAAAAAUAGAAAAAUUCACUCUGAUUUUUACUAAGAACAUCUGCUCAAAAUGAUAUUUAAGCAUUUGAGAUAUUAUGGAAUAAAUGUUUUGAAAUAAUUCCUUAAUUUAACUGCAUUAUAUUUGUAUUGCCAUAUGUAGAAAUAGUUUGCCAGGAAUGAUCUUUGCUUAAUUAAAUUUCAGCAGUACCUUCACACAAAAUAGUGAAAGGAAUAAAUUAUGUUUUCUUGCUCAUAGUGCCAAAACCACAUUUUAUGUUAUGUAAGCUUUUUGUAUGUAUCCCAUUGUGUCUCACAUGUAAAUUGUAAACAAGUGCAAUUCUAUACUGCAGCCUUGUAAACUAUCAAGCCUAUUGAAUUGCCAAUGUUGGCUCAAUAAAACUUUGAUUUAACAUA